AUGACUCGAGGAAGAGGUACAGGUCGAGGAAGCAUAGGGCAUGCAGGCAAGUCAACAGCUAGGACUAAUAUGCCUGUUCGUACUGCAAACAUGCCUACUAUUCCCACUCCUACAGUUGCACCACAAACAGCUGGUGGCGUAGGUGCUCCAACUUUUAAUCAUGGUAGUACGUCUCCUACUACUCCAAAUCAGACCAACCCAACAACUGUAGGUACGUCUUCACAAACCAACCAAGUAGGUGAUGACGUAUCUCGUAGCAAUACAAAUGGAGAAAGUAAUUCCAGUUGGAGCCAUGUGCGGACCCUUGUUACUAUAACUUCUACAAGAUUGCAACUUUCUAAAGCAUGCUCCAAUAAGAUACACGAGUCUUUCAAAAGUGAACUUGAUCACAAUGGAAUCAAUUGGAAAGGUGUAUCAUAUGACAUAAAAGAUGGCUAUUUUGGGGAAUUCAAGAAACACUUCUAUUGGGAUUCUUCCAUUACUGAUGCUGCUGUAAAGAAACACUGGAAGAGUAAGGCAGCAACUAUGUAUAGAAAUUUCAUUGCUAAAAUCAAAGAUAAAGGGAAUAGGAAAGAUUUUAUACAUGAAGAUGUCUGGGAAAGUUGGAAGCGACUUUGGGGAAAUCCAAAGUGUAUUGAAAAGUCCAAAAUAAAUGCACUGAAUCGUCAUGGAGCCAAAGAUGUCGCUGCUGGAACUCAUAUGGGAGGAUCUAUCUCAAUUGGAGGGUACCAAAAAAGACUUGCUACUGAAAUGGGUCGAGAUCUGACACCAAGUGAAUUACAUUUGCAUAUUCACACACAUGGUCAUGAUGGAAAAUCUUUCAUUGAUGAACGUUCCCAAAUCGUCCAUGAAAGAUUUAAAGAAAUAUUACGAGUAAAAAUAUUAUCAGAAUCUAUUAUUGAUCAAAUUGAAGCAUAUUACCAAGCUGCCGGAGGAGAAAUGAAGCAAAGAGUAUUUGGUCUUUGCUUUGAGGCCAAAGGCUACUAUGGACAAACUCUGUGUAUUUCUUGUGGAAAGACUUCAUCUUCAGCUUCACAUGAAUAG